UCUUCGUUCUGCCUAUGAAACAAAGGCAGAACGCAGUGUCAUGAUCCAGGAUACAAAUCCAGCGGCAUGUUUCGACUCAACCACAGCAAAAGUGGAGAUGGAGGUGUCAAAACAGUCCCUCCUACUUUCGAACUGUUUACCCUUUUACCACGCCGUAUUUGUUAAUCCGAUAAAUAGACUCUGGGGAUCCGGAGAGUCUCGAUGGGAUUUGCGUAUACACACCGUCGGAUUUUCCGGAGGCAUGGAGUGUACGCUUUGGCAUUACCACCACGUGGGAGUUGAGCGGCUACCUGAAGAGUCGAGUGGAGAGCGAUGGAUAAUCCUUUAUUUGGAUUCGACUGGUCGAAGCAAAUGAUUCCCAAGGCUCGGCUGUCACUAAGACGGGACCCCCGUGGCGCCGUCGUCUUCGUCUCCCUCUGUACGUAUCUUAUACCCGCUCGUCGACGAUCCGACCAAGAGAAUCCGAUGGUAUUUUCCAGCUUUGUGAGCGACACGAGAAUCUCCGACGAUGCGGAUUACAAGUGUGGUGUGUUUUGUGUGGAAUCGAUUAGGCCAGUUUCCACGCGUCUUUGGCGAGAGUGGAUCAUGAGAGACGGCGAUUAAGAAUCCUUUGAUGAGUCUGAU